CAACACGUUCCACUGCAUUUAGGUUACAAUGCGUGUGUCACACGCUCAAAGGGUUAGAAACCUGCAUGAAGGUGGAGAGUGUUUGUGAGUCGACCUGAGGUGACCUCAACAGAGAGGGCAGAUGGCGACACUCAAAGAAGUCGUCUUGAAAAUUUUGAAGAAUUUGGGAGAUGAGGACUUUACAGAAUUCAAGUGGUACCUGAAGCAGAAGGUCCCAGAAGGAUUCCCAGUGAUCCCAAUAUGUCAACUAGAGAAAGCAGACAGGAUGAAAACAGUGGAUCUGAUGGUGCAGUUCUACACUAUGAACACUAUUAAAGUGACCGAAAUUAUCUUAAGGAAGAUGAAUCAAAAUAAGCUAGCGGAGAAUCUAUCAAAAACCAUAUCAGAACCUGAGGAGAUUCUUCCUUCUAAGUGCCAGCAAAAACUGAAAUCCAAUUUCCAAAAGAAGUUCCAGUGUGUGUUUGAGGGGAUCGCUAAAGCAGGAAAACCAACCCUUCUGAAUCAGAUCUACACAGAGCUCUACAUCACAGAGGGAGGGACUGCAGAGGUCAAUGAUGAACAUGAGGUCAGACAGAUUGAAACAGCAUCCAGGAAACCACACAGACCAGAAACAAACAUCAGACAAGAAGACAUCUUUAAAGCCUCACCUGGAAGAGAUGAACCAAUCAGAACAGUGAUGACAAAGGGAGUGGCUGGCAUUGGGAAAACAGUCUUAACACAGAAGUUCACUCUGGACUGGGCUGAAGACAAAGCCAACCAGGACAUACAGUUCACAUUUCCAUUCACUUUCAGAGAGCUGAAUGUGCUGAAAGAGAAAAAGUACAGCUUGGUGGAACUUGUUCAUCACUUCUUUCCUGAAACCAAAGAAGCAGGAAUCUGCAGGUUUGAAGAGUUCCAGGUUGUGUUCAUCUUUGACGGUCUGGAUGAGUGUCGACUUCCUCUGGACUUCCACAACAAUGAGAUCCUGACUGAUGUUACAGAGUCCACCUCAGUGGAUGUGCUGCUGACAAACCUCAUCAGGGGGAAACUGCUUCCCUCUGCUCGCCUCUGGAUAACCACACAACCUGCAGCAGCCAAUCAGAUCCCUCCUGACUGUGUUGACAUGGUGACAGAGGUCAGAGGGUUCACUGACCCACAGAAGGAGGAGUACUUCAGGAAGAGAUUCAGAGAUGAGGAGCAGGCCAGCAGAAUCAUCUCCCACAUCAAGACAUCACGAAGCCUCCACAUCAUGUGCCACAUCCCAGUCUUCUGCUGGAUCACUGCUACAGUUCUGGAGGAUGUGAUGAAGAGCAGAGAGGAAGGAGAGCUGCCCAAGACCCUGACUGAGAUGUACAUCCACUUCCUGGUGGUUCAGACCAAAGUGAAGAACAUCAAGUAUGAUGGAGGAGCUGAGACAGAUCAUCACUGGAGUCCAAAGAGCAGGAAGAUGAUUGAGUCUCAGCUGCAGAAAGGCAACCUGAUCUUCUAUGAAUCAGACCUGACAGAGUGUGGCAUCGAUAUCAGAGCAGCCUCAGUGUACUCAAGAGUGUUCACACAGAUCUUUAAAGAGGAGAGAGGACUGUACCAGGACAAGGUGUUCUGCUUCGUCCAUCUGAGUGUUCAGGAGUUUCUGGCUGCUCUUCAUGUCCAUCUGACCUUCAUCAACUCUGGAGUCAAUCUGAUGGCAGAAGCAAUGCAGCGCUCUACACUAACACAUCUCCACCAGAGUGCUGUGGACAAGGCCUUACACUCGAACUUGUUCCUCCGCUUCCUCCUGGGUCUCUCACUGCAGACCAAUCAGAAUCUCCUACGUGGCGUGCUGAAACAGACAGGAAGUAGCUCACAGAGCAAUCAGGAAACCAUCAACUAUAUCAAGAAGAAGUUCAACCAGGAUCUGUCUGCAGAGAGAAGCAUCAACCUGUUCCACUGUCUGAAUGAACUGAAUGAUCGUUCUCUAGUGGAGGAGAUCCAACAGUCCCUGAGUUCAGGACGUCUCUCCACAGAUAAACUGUCUCCUGCUCAGUGGUCAGCUCUGGUCUUCAUCUUACUGUCAUCAGAAGAAGAUCUGGACGUGUUUGACCUGAAGAAAUACUCUGCUUCAGAGGAGGCUCUUCUGAAGCUGCUGCCAGUGGUCAAAGCCUCCAACAAAGCUCUACUGGCCGAUUGUAAUCUCUCACAGAGAAGCUGUGAAGCUCUUUACUCAGUUCCCAGCAUCAAGUCCUCCAGUCUGAGACACCUGGACCUGAGUAACAACGACCUGAAGGAUUCAGGAGUGAAGCUGUUGUCUGAUGGACUGAAGAGUUCACACUGUAAACUUGAAAUCCUCAGUCUGUCAGGCUGUCUGAUCACAGAGGAAGACUGUGCCUCUCUGGCCUCAGCUCUGAGCUCCAAUCAUCCAGGAGACUCAGGAGUGAAGCUGCUGUCGGCUGGACUGAAGGAUCCUCUCAGGUCCUUCCCUGAAUUUUUCCGGGGUGGUCGAAAACGGCCAUCAACAAGUGGAUUCGGUAGCUUGGUGUCGAAGCGCCCAAAAAUAUGGAAGCCUUUUGAUAUACAUUUUUUUUUACUUUCUUCGAAUGAAGAACUUACACCUCUUCCAUCUGAUGAACUGGCCUUCAUGCAGGCUGGACUGGGAAGGAGGACGGUUUCUCUUAACAGCGAUGUGACAUAUGUGGAGUUAUCAAGGAUAUUGCAGGCCACCUACCCCAAAAUGGUGGAGCUGCGGAACCGGUGGCUGUUUUACAAAGCAGGAGGUGGAAAUGGGAGGAGAAAAAUGUUCGCAAUCCCCUUUGAGGCUGAGGGCUACACUGGUGCUAUGCUCCGGAAUAUUUCAGAUGGUGGGAAACACACUCUUUACAUAGUACCUCUUCAGGAUGAGUUGGACCUCUCACCACUCCCAGCAAAUGCCCCAGAAUUUGCUUUAAUGCCAAAGGCCAGCUGCAGACACUGUUCUGUAGAGAUGCCAGUCCAAAUGCUGGUUCUACAUGACCGAAAAUGUGCUAGCCAGAUGAUCUCUGAUGAUGACAACAACAAAUUUUCUGAAUUUUUACAAACUCCAGUGCCAGUGCAGACUGAAGAGGACCACUGCCCUCAGCAGGAAGAGGCUGUCCAGUGCCCUAUAUGUAGCAAUAUCUUCCCCGUCCUGCUUAUUGAAGAACAUGUCAGCCAUUGUGGCCAAAGAACUAAGGACACAACCUCACCUGAGAGGGAGCUCCAUACUGCGAUGGAUGAUAUCUCAUGUGAGGAGGAUGUGGUCAUGUGGCUCACAGCAAAGGUGGAUUCCAGCAAGACCUUCGAGCUGUGUGUGUCUCGAGAUAAUAUGCUCGAAAGAGGUCUCAAGAUGUGGAAGCGUAAACAAAAGGCUACACCACUUAAUCCCUUAAGGAUGAAAUUCCUCGGAGAAGUGGGGAUUGAUACAGGGGCCCUCAGAAAGGAGUUUCUCACAACAAUGGUAGCUGGGAUUGAGCAACGCCUUUUUGAAGGUGGGAAGUCCAAAAUGCCCAAAUAUUCGGUGAAUGACUUUGCUGAAGAGCUCUUCAGGACUGCGGGUGAAAUCUUUGCUACAAGCAUUGCCCAAGGUGGACCUGCACCACGUUUCCUCCAGCCGUGGUGCUACGACUUUCUAGCAUCUGGCAAGCUCUCAUUGGAUCACGUCCUGGACCCGAGUUUAUCACCGCUAAUAACCACAGUUGCAGAGGCGUCCGAUUUGACCGACUACAUUGCAGACAUUCUGGAUUGUGGCUAUACUGGCAAGAUCGACAUGGAACACAAAGAGAACAUUCUAAGAGCAAUCGGUCUGCAUGUCAUGACGAAAAGAAUACCCAUGCUUCAGCAACUCCGUGAGGGCUUGGACAUCUACGGCUUCUCCCAAGUGAUGCAGGCAAAGACGGAAGAGUGCUGCAGUCUGUUCGUCGCCGGAGACGACGAGUCGGUGGACUCUCAUUACAUCACUUCCCAUCUGGCGCCAGAGAUGAGCGAAAGGGGCUGCAACAAGCACCGCAAGGAGAUCCAGAUCCUUGAACACUUUCAAGACUUCCUGCACGAGCUGGAAGUUGCUGAACCAGAUGCCACGUCUGAAGACACCCCAACUGUACCGUCAGUGAUGCAGUGGAUUACGGGUCAAGCCCACAGACAUCUUCUUCUUUCUGAUCGCCAGAACUUCAAGAUCACAGUGAAGUUUGACCAUGACUGUCACAACAUGCCUAACCACACAAUCUGUUACCCAACAGUCAAUGCUUGCACGGACACCAUAACAUUCCCCGUUGCACACAUGUCAGACUAUGAGUCAUUCAAAAACGUCAUGACAAAAGCCAUUAAAUAUGGUGCAGGAUUUGAUAGAGAGUGAUGCAUUGUGAUUCACGUGUGUAAGCCCACGUUAUAUCCUCGAAUAUAAAUACCAUGAUAGUUCAUUCUAUUGUGUGAGUGAGGUUCGAGUAAUGUAGUGGACAUUUUUUGUUCUGUCCUCAGAAAUGAAUGUAAAAGGACAUUGUCUAUUUUCUGAUUGACUAUAAACCACAAUGCCUUUGUCUGUGUCUGUUAAACCAUACAUAACGGCAUGAGUAAUGUGAAAUAAACCUUUAAUUUCUA